GUUAGUCAACAGUGCCGUUGUGUACGUGCGCUAGCUCCAUGAUGUCGUCGAUAAACGGAGACGCCACGUUGGUUGCAAUGCAAUAUUUUAACUGCCUGUAACCUCAGAAUUGUGCAUACAUACUAGGCUUUACACGGUCAGGAUUUUGGGGGUUGAUCACCGAUCAGCGAGUUUAAAAAAAUAAAAUAAAUAAAUAAAUACAAUUUUUAAAAAAUCACUAUCACCGAUCCGAUAAGAUGGAGCAAUGUGUAUUUAAAUGACCUGUUCAUUUACUGUAUAUACUUGUGUACUUAAUUGCUCAAAAAAUAUAUUUACGAUAAAUGUAUCUUUGCUCAUCUAUUUAUGCCAGUGAGUCAUAGUGACGGACAGAACAAAUGAAUGGUCUGCUAUUAGAUGGCAGGACGUACAUACAGUAAUUAAUGUAUCCACUUUUUGUUUGUUGGUGUGCCGUGAGAUUUUUGCGAUUGUAAAAUGUUCCUCGGCUCCAUAAAUAAAUGUUGGAAAUCACUGCUCUAGUCAGAUCGUGUAUUCUAAUCAGUCAGGUCAAACCAACAUUACAACAUGACAGAAAUCAUGGGUGCUAACUUACUGUCAUUAAAUUACUUUAGCACAUGAUUCGACAGAACGGCGGCAUGUUUACUUACAACAGUUAGUGCUAGCACUAGCUUGCUAGGCUACAUAAUGUUUUAUUUAUUAUUAUAUUAUUUAUGAUUCUAAUCCGUUCGCAUUUAAGUUGAGUUAAAGCCCAAUGAUCGUAAAAAAAAACGGGAUGCGGUGGGAUCGGAAUACAAUAUUUUAUUGCAGUAGACUGACAUAGAGCAAAUUUGUCUUGUAGUCUGAUUCUGUUUCUGAGAAACAAAAUCCAUGCAAGGGUGAAUUCGUCACUGCUGAACCGUGAAUGUCUGGGGGCUAACUAUGAUAUAGUACAAAAUUUCAACCUUGAGAAUGGCACGCAAUUAGCUACUUUAGUUUAUGCAGCAGAACUAUGCGUCGUUAUGUGGCACAACAAGGCAACCUCAGUUACCUCCAGGUUUUUUCUUCUUUUGUAAAUGUGUAUCCAUCCAUCUUUCUGUACCGCUUUAUCCUCACAAGGGUCGCGGGCGUGCUAGAACGCAUCCCAGCUACCUUUCCAGCAAGAGGCGGGGUACACUCUAAACUGGUCGCCAGCCAAUCGCAGGGCAAAUAUAAACAAACAACCAUUCGCGCACACAUUCAUUUGGCCUAGUGAGUCACGUCAGUAGCUCUGGCUCCAGCUGCAGUUGGUUCAGUGUGAAGGUCUUCUCCAUGCUCUCUGCAAAGUGUUUUUAUUUAGUAGAUAUGCAUUUGUUUUUGUCCCAGUCAAUCGACAGUUAAAAAUGCAUCAGCUUUCCACUUGACUCAAGUGGGAGCCUCGCUCGUAAUUGAGAUUUUGACCUGCAACACAAAGCAAAAAAACAAAUCAACCAAGCGACAACUUGUAACCAGAUAGAAAGAGUGGACAAAGGGCACAAUAUAAUAAAACCUACAUUUUUAAACAUUGAAAAGUACCACUUCCUGCAGUUUUCUUAUACCAGUUUGUGUGUUCACAGUGCUGUGUUCCUUUCGCCCAAACUGUCAUUCUAUCAUAGAUGUUCUUUAUCAAUAAUAAUUGUCUGUCCACCUGGCGAAUGAGGGUCUGUGUUAAUUUACAGCCAGAGGGAAGAUCAAAGGCUUGCUGUGCUACAAUAGAUCAGGCUGGCUUGCUGUCAGCCAACAUACAAAUAAGUCCACAAGGGCAUCUGACAAAUGUCAAUUGGAAGAGUGCACUCACUUUAACCCCCCCCAACCCCCAGCUUUCGAAGCCUGUUACAUUCACGCUUACGGUGAUUUGAUCAAGCAGUUUUCAAGAGAACAAUUACAUUUUUGUAAACAAGCUCUUCUGUCUCUUUAGACUUCUUUGUUUAUGGCUGUGGCUUACUUGGAGAUUAUGUUUGAUGUCAGUGCCGUCUGGUUUUAUAUUAAAAAGGCCUCAUUUGUCUCUGUAACUCUCGUAGUAUUUGGCUGUCAUUUGUGCUCCUUUCCGGGAGUCCAAUCUGGGGGAAAUGUGACCCCGCCGAAGCACCACAAAUAGCCUUUGGUGUGCCUUUCACACUCGAGUGGGAGUCGACUUCGGUCUCCAAUGAUGUUCUCACUGGUCUAAGGUUAUACUGUUGCUCUGCCACUGUCAUUUUGUAUAGCAACAUUUUACAAUCUAUAGAUCCAAGAUGGAAGCGCCUCCUUGCAGAGGUUGUACUAAAGGCAAAUAAAAGCUCAUGAACAGAAGGCUGUCAGGCCUUGUUUUGUUUUCUUUCUCAGAUACUCUCUAUUCCUAUUCAAGUUUAAAGCGGGGGGGUGCCCCAUCCUUGCGACAUCACAAGGAUACUUUUAGCCCUGCCCACAAAACCAGGAAAAUUCGAAUGAAAAAGAGUUUUAAACCCUAUCUCAACAAUUCAAUACUAUAUUUUUCUCAAUCUUUGCACGUUUUCAGCACUUCAAACGUAUUGUACUUGGAAACGUUUUGGAGGUGUUCAGUAUUGUGAAUGACUUAUGUAGCGAUGGUGUCUUUUAACAUUCCAGUGGACUGAUGGACGCUCACUCUAAAAAUGAUGGGUAGUGCCUGUUGAAGGAGGAAUUUUCGUGUAUGUGGGUACAAGAAUGUUUAAAAUAUGUAAACGGUAUUUAUACGUUACAUAUUUGAGACAAAGAUUGCAACAGUGCACGUAUGUACUUAAAUCUUUAAUAAUAAAACCGUGUACAGUAAUUAACAUUCAUCAACAUUGCCUUCUGAGAGAGGCAAAGAGGCUUGCGUUGGUGGCGGAGGAGAGGCUAUCACUUGACCCGUAGAGGCUUUAGGUUCACUCGGAGACUCUUCUGCUGGACGCGCUGAUGGUGUAGCUUGGGUUUUACCUUGGAGGAAAACUCUGUGAUGGGUAGUUGUUGUCUUUGUUUCUUCUUUUGCUUCAAACUUCCACCACACGUUUCGCUUCCUUAUUGAAGCAGUUUUGCGGAUGUUUGCUUCCUCUUUCUUGAUGUACCACACUGGAGAUUCAUUCACGCCAUAAUGGCGUGCCACACAUGCAUACCUUCUGCCCUCUUUGAUCCUAUCUGAAAGUUAAAUUUUUUCGCUGAUGGUCAUCAUCAUCUUCUUCCUCUUGGGCGCCCCGGAGGAAGCUUUUGCAGGGGCAGAGCGGUUAGGCGGCAUUGUAAUGGCUUAACUAAUCCAAGAAAGUUAUCGCUUAAACAAAGAAGGUUAUCACGAACACAACACGAAGAUACAGCAUGCGAGACGGUCAACAGCGUGGACGAGACUGACGAGACACAACAAGGGGAGAUACUGGGUGAGGCUGCGAUGAUGCGCAGCCAAUCAGCUCACGGGAUAACAUCCACCCGUGCUCUCAUUGGUCGAUGUCGCGCCGGGAACCAAUCACGCGCCUUGUAUGAGUGCCCGUGGCAUGUGCAGUAAGUACAGUACAGGCAUGUACAAAUCCUCUGAGUCAACUCAUCUUUGUUUGGCAUGCAGGGAAACCUUCUCUUAAAGAAGAGAAGGUUUUAAACUCCAGUUUCACUCAACCAUUUGUAAUAUACCAGCAAUAGUAUUUAACAUGCCAAAAUGUCUCUUUAAAAAAAAAUAAUAAUAAUAAUACAAUAAAAGGCCUCCCUUCCACCAGACUCUUACUCCAAUGUGAAGUUAAGCAGGGUUCAAUAUUAACGGUGGCGCGAUAGCCCGCUGGGGCCACGACCUACCUUACAGACGCUGGCUCGACCAGGCCAGUACAAAUUUUCAUGAAUGUGAUGAAAUCAACACGUUCACUGUUUUUAAGCCAGCUCAGAGCUCAUUUUCUGCUCUGGUACUAUCAGGGAAUGCUCGACGCUCCGCUAUCUUGUGCCACUCCGGCUAAUAGCUGCGGUUGUCUAGCUAGCAUGGCUAACUAAACACGAUGUGGAGCUGCUCCCUUAGGUCGCUAAUAAUCACCUCCAUGGCGGCAAAUAGGCUUCUGACAGGUAUACUUAUCACAAAGGGAUGACAAGGAAUAAUUAACACAAGAAGACCGAUGAGACAUGCUAAUUGCUAAACUGUCGUGUGACAUCAGGGUUAGCAGCUCAAGAGGCUACAGAUGUGCACAAAGCGAGUAUUCCAUGCAGUGGAUUUUGCUGUGCUGUUAGGGGAACUCUGCAUUUGAUGCACAUAAAAGUCAGGGUUACCAACAGGAGCUCGAUGGCACGGGAUGACCUAGCGUUGGUGAGCGCCACACGGAAGCCCAGCUUGGAGCCCUCCAGCCCGAGUACAGGCUCUACUCUUCGGUGUAUCGGUGCUUUCGAGAAGAAUAAAAAUCCACGCCAAUGUAAAAGGAAAACAACUUAAUAUUCAAGUGGAGCGAAAUGGUCGACCAUUUGAGAGUGUCACGGCGCCGUACCCAAUGAAAAACUGGAACGGCAUCAAGUGACAGCCCGAGUCGGCUCAAAUGUAUAGUUGACAAUGGAAGAAGUCAAAUCCAACAAUACUGCAUACUAAAAGCUUAUGCAUCCAUUUUCCACAAUCCUUGUGCUCACUAGGGUGGCGGGUGUGCUGGAGCCCAUCCAUGCUAACUUUAGACACCCUGAAUUGAUCUCCAGCCAAUUACAGGGCACAUAUAAACAUACAAUCAUUCACACCUACAGGCAAUUUUAGAGUCUCUAAUCAACCUUUACCAUGCAUUUUUUGGGGGAUGUGGGAGGAAACCGGAGAAAGCCCACGCAUGCAUGGGGAGAACUUGCAAAGUCCACACAGGCAAGGCUGGAUUUGAACCGAGGUCCUCAGAACUGUGAGGCAGAUGUGCUAACCAUUCGUCCACUGUGGUGCCCAUUUUUAAGAACAAUGGUGAUGUGCAGAGCUGUGGGAACUAUAGAUGAAUAAAGUUGAUGAGCCACACAAUGAAGUUAUGGGAAAGAGUCGUGGAGGCUAGACUCAGGAUAGAAGUGAGUAUUUGCGAGCAACAGUAUGGUUUCAUGCCUAGAAAGAGUACCAAAGAUGCAUUAUUUGCCUUGAGGAUGUUGAUGGAAGAGUACAGAGAAGGUCAGAAGGAGCUACAUUGUGUCUUUGUAGAUCUAGAGAAAGCCUAUGACAGAGUACCCAGAGAAGAACUGUGGUACUGCAUGCAGAAAUCUGGAAUGGCAGAGAAGUAUGUUAGAAUAAUACAGGACAUGUACGAUGGCAGCAGAACAGCGGUGAGGUGUUCUGUAGGUGUGACAGAAGAAUUUAAGGUGGACGUGGGACUGCAUCAGGGAUCGGCCCUGAGCCCCUUCCUGUUUGCAGUGGGCAUAGGCUGACAGAUGAGGUUAGACUGGAAUCCCCGUGGACCGUGAUGUUUGCAGAUGACAUUGUGAUCUGCAGGGAGCAGGUGGAGGAACAGUUAGAAAGAUGGAGGCAUGCGGAGGAAUGAAGAUUAUCCGAAGUAAGACAGAAUAUAUGUGCAUGAAUGCGAGGAGUGGUGGGGGAAGAGUGAGGCUACAGGGAGAAGAGAUAGCAAGGGUGGAGGACUUUAAAUACUUGGGGUUUUAGAAUUAGAAAUGUGCUCAUCGAUGUUUUGGAGACAAAGUUAGAGAGAGCAGACUUCGAUGGUUUAGACACGUCCAGAGGAGAAAUAGUGAAUAUAUUGGUAGAAGGAUGAUGAGGAUGGAGCUGCCAGGCAAGAGAGCGAGAGAAACCAAAGAGAAGGUUGAUGGAUGUCGUGAGGGAAGACAUGAGGGCAGUUGGUGUUCGAGAGGAGGAUGCAGGAGAUAGGCUUACAUGGAAAAGGAUGACUCGCUGUGGUGACCCCUAAAGGAAAAAAAGAAGAUGGUUUGAGUGGGACAAACUUUUGGAGAAUGUGCACUGUUUGAUCAUAAGUGUGACAAAGACCGACAAGCAGGAAGCUUAUAUACUCAGUGAGAGUAGCAUGUUUGUCUCCAAGAGACGUUUCAUUUUGAAAACAUGUGGAACCACCCUCUUACUGCAAGCACUGGUGCCUCUGCUGGAACUCGCCAGGGAGUACUGCGGUUUCGAUGCCAUCGAGAAUUUCUUCUACUCCCGCAAGAAUUUUAUGAAGCCAACCCAUCAAGAGUUUCCUCAUCGAAACUUCCAAGAGGAAGUGGACUUUCUCAGCCACAUUUUCCCAAAUGGUGCAGCCUACUGUAUGGGACGUUUGAACUCUGACUGCUGGUAUCUGUUUACUCUGGACUUGCCAGAGUACUGGGAGAACAAGUAUGCGGAUCAGACACUGGAAGUUCUGAUGAGUGACCUUGAUCCAGCCAUUAUGGACCAGUUCUAUAUGAAAGAUGGUGUUUCUGCAAGUGAUGUCACUCAUAUGAGUGGAAUUUGUGACCUGAUACCAGGUUCUGUGAUAGAUGCCACAAUGUUCAACCCAUGUGGAUACUCAAUGAACGGAAUGAAGACUGACGGGACCUACUGGACCAUUCACAUCACCCCGGAGCCAGAUUUCUCCUACGUUAGCUUCGAAACAAACCUCUCCCAGACGUCGUACGAUGACCUUGUCCGGAAGGUGGUGGAUGUGUUCAAACCGGGAAAAUUUGUGACGACGCUGUUUGUCAAUCAGAGCUCGAAAUGUCGCAGUGUCUUCUCUUCUACCCAAAAACUCGAUGGGUUCAAGCGUCUCGACCGCCAGCUGGCUCAAUUCAACGAUUACAAUUUUGUGUUCACAAGCUACGCCAAGAACUGCCAGAAAAAUCAGAAGAGCUGAGGGUGCAAGAUGAAGAGGCGGCGGAAAAAAGGCGGCGGCUUGGUGUUGCCUCCCGGUGGCCGCCUUCCCGGAGAAAGCCUCUUGUCGUCCUCAUCCUCCCUUCCUCCUCCCGCCCUCUCCCCCCGUCAUAAAUCCUCCGGCGGCAAGGACGACGAGCCCAGUUUAACCAUUUUGAGUUGUUUGCAUUGUUGUACCUGUAACGUAGUCCUCUUGCAUGAAAGCUCUUUUCUCUGUCUCAAUAUGCUAGCGCACACUUGCUGUGGUCUUGAAGUGCAUGUAGAGGAAUUAAACUCACUCCGUUUGAGGCUUUCCACCUGUGCUCAGUCCAAAGGGCCCUACCGCCACGUCUCCCCCCUCAUCCCACACAGACAGGGCUUCCGGCCACAUUAAGGUCACGCCCCCUGGCGUGCUCAGAUCAGUCUUCCUUCGGUCGUUCGCGUGUACGACCCACGGUUUGCUUUCCUGUGUGACAAUUGGCAAGGAGCAUUCAUAAAGGAUUGCGCUUUUGAGUCAUUUUUGAACCCGUGGUAUGAAAAUGAAAGCUGGCCUUUUGUCUUUAUGAAUGUAUAGGUUGUGGUAAGCCUUUGUCCAUUUUUAAUUGCCAUCUAAUGUAGCACAUAUACAUGCCCUGCAUUUGGCCAAAUGUUCAUAGAGGACUUAAGUUGUCACACUGGAACCUGACAGUACCCAAAUAGUUUCUGCCACAAAAUUGCAGCUUUAAACUCAAAAUAGAACCUGAAUAAUUCAAGACCUUCCAUGAACACACUUUGUUGCACCCCUCCGAUUUUCCUUGCCUCUGGCUUCCUGUCAUAUUUGAUUGGCGUUCCCAUGGAAAAGGAACGUAAGUCCAGGCUCUGUAACACGCUAACACGAUCUCGUCCACUUCAUCUUUGGAAUGUACAAGUCUCGAGAGAGAGAGAGAGAGAGAGAAAAAAAAAAGCCCGGUCCACUUUUGAGCUGAAUGUAUGAUUUCAGGCGUGCACAUACCCGACGCCGCCCGCGCAAUCCCCUCCGCUUGACGGCCUUGUUGUCCCCCUUCCCAGCAGGUCUUCCCUUGCCAGCCAGACCAAUCAAUUGGCCCCAGAAUUACAAGGGAGGUGAGCUCGCGUGGCAUAAUGAAUCGGAAACUUUCUGCUUGCCCAGCAAAGCGCUUUGCCCUCGACAAUAUCCAUCCCCUCUGUCUCUGUCCGUCCCAUACAAAAAUGUGUAAGCGUACAAUCGAGGCUGACCAGUCUGAGCAUGCCAGGGUCAUCCCGGAUCAUUCCACAUCGAACCACUGCACCAUCUGCCAUUUUAUGUCAUUACUGGUCAUCAUUUUUUUUUUUUUUUUUUUUUUGCUGUGAAUCUGGGUCCCUCACUGUUCUUUGUUUGGAUCAAUGCCCUUUUGUAGAACUUUGGGCUCAGGGAUGGUGGGGGUGGCCUAUCAUGCGGUGAUGCGUGUAACUUAGUGCUGUAUUGCUAGACCGUGUCAUGUAACCUCCUCGUCCGUGCGUUUGCCCUCGUUUUGCCAGCUGAAGCUAACUUCCCAUCCAAGUUUCCCCUUUACUUGAGCUCAGUGCAGUUUGUCAUGUGUUCAUCUGCACUCCUCAGCAUAGCAGCCCUCCGAAACCCAUGGGGUCCUACAUGCACACCAGCACUGUUCAAAUCUCACUUUUUAAGUACAUACAUAGAGUGGAUUGUUGCAUUUUUGGGUGCCAAUAGCUUUUUUUUGGCUGAGGACCAAUUUUCUUUUACUUUCUGCCGAUGUUUGUCACACUAAUUCUGGGGCUAUUUUGUUUUUAAAGUAACAAUGAUUCCACACUUUCAAAUCUAUCUGUGCUACGAGCUUGAUGCAAAAAUAAUAAAAAAAAAUAUUAAUCUG